AUGCCGGACGCACUACAAUGCUUCGGCAGCCGCAAGAGCAUCCUCAGAAUAUUGUUAUACUGCACUCUCAGUGCGUUAUAUGCCCUCUGGGUAAACGCUACCCACAGGCUGACAGUAGGCUUUAAAAAGCGUCAACUUGACCUGUUCAUUACACUUUGCAAACCUGCGGGCAAGCAUAUUGCCACGCACUGCCAUCGCCCUUCUCUCCCUCUCCAGAUCCAAGUCAUCCUUAAGGUCCUCCAAUGUGUAGCAGUCAACAUAAAGCGGCUAGAAGUCCCGCCACUAGUGGAGCUGGGCACCGAUCACGUUAUCCUGGACUGCGAGCACGACGCCCCGGAACUGCUGCCGGGGUUCAUGAUGAAGUGGUUCUUCAACGGCGCCUCGGGGCUCGUGUACCAGUGGAUACCGCCCAUGCGGCCGCAGGUCAUAGGCUUGUUGAAAGGGAAGGUCGAUCUCAACUUUAGGAUAUCUGAGGAGCCGCUACAAGCGUACAGAGCCAUCAAAAUCUUGAACCCGUCGACACACCUGAGUGGGAACUACACGUGCGUGGUGUCCACGUUUGAGGAGGAGGAUCGAGAGACCAGUUCCAUGCUCGUUUACAGUCCAGGCAAGAACUUCCACUUCGUACAGGAGAAAAAAUACGUGUUUCUGGUGACGCUCACAUGCGCCGCGGAAGAUUUGUACCCCAGGCCGACCAUGAUCAUACUCUCGAAAGGAAAUCCCCUAAAGCAAGUGGAGACCCGAACAGAGAUGGACUCGUGGGGCAUGUACACACUCACCAGCACUGCCGUCGUGCACGAUGACGAUGUUUCUCGGCCUUGGGAGCAGUUCGUGUGUCUGCUGACCCUGCCGCCCGCCAACUAUACCACUAAUCGAACCACUUUAUACUAUCCUGGUUUAAUGCCGACUGCCUACAGUGCAGCUAUCGAGGUGGUGAAACCACAGGAGAGGCAUACUAACAGAUGCCCCGCUCUGAAAGAUCAUCGCGACAGCCUAACUCUUUCAGUGGUACUUCUCGUUGUUUCAUAUUUAAAACUUUUCAAACUUGUUUGAACGUUGAAAUAUUAUACUAAGCCCUAUUUUGGAAGCUCUGUCUGUUUUAUACUAUUGAUGUAAAUAACUAUGCAUUAAAUUUUCAAGUGCUGGGGGCCGAUUUUUGAAUCUCGAUUGCACGACUUCGCCAUUCGAAAGUAAGCAGAAAACGGUGAAUAGCAUUUUUUUGUAAAACGAGCGCUAGAAUUUUUAAAUCUAGUGCUUUUUCGAUUUUGUUAGUAGAGUUUAAAUCGCCGGUAGUGAGGGUAUGAUUUAAUGAAUUUGACGAAAUCGAAUGGAAGACAUUAAAAAUCUGUUCCCUGUUAAUUUAUUAUGUGAAUGGAUAUGAAAAGAUUGUAACGUAACAAAUGAAUGUUAUGUUCAAGAUUUAACAAAACAUUAUUAUUAUUCAGGUUUUUUUUUUAAUUGCCUAAAUAGAGUCCCACUGCUGGGCAAAGGCCGCCCCUUCCUUUCUCCACUCCUCACGGUUUGACGCCCGCUCUUGCCAGUAGCUGCAAAAUAUGACGAGGUCGUCCCGCCAUCCUCUUCUUUGGUCUACCUCUGCCCCGGCAAAUUUUUAGGUACAAAAAAAAAGACGCUUUUUUUUAAUGUGGACUUUGUUAACUAAAAUACUUUUUCAAAUUAUGUACUUGCCACAUAAAUAUGGUGACAAAUGUUGUUGGUACCAUUUUAAUUUACUCGUCUUUCGAAUUGAUUCGUAUGCCAAUGUGUUCAAAAAACUACAAUUUCCUCAUCAAAAUAGUCUUAUGUAGAUUUAACACGCAUAAUACAAUGUUUUUUAUCAUAUUUUGGGCACUUACCGUGUCGAGUACGGGUAUGUUUACCUUAUAAGAAGAAUGCAAAAUUAUAAACAUUUUAUGUUAUAUUUUAUAUUAUAUGUUUCUUGCUUACAAAGGUUGUUGGAAUACUUUGUAUUUUGUACUGGUAUGUUCUGUUAAUAAGGAUAGAGAACGACAUCAUUUGUUUGUGUAUAUAUUUUUGUCGCGAAAUACCAGGAAGAAAAUGGCGCGCUCGGUAACUUGAGGUAUUUAUGAAAUAUGUUGUUACUGUGUAACUAUCUAAGUAUGUUACAGUAUUUUAGCCAUGUUUCCUAAAGACUAACUGCUCUAAAGCCAUGCAUAGUUUGUUCAAGCGUAACGUCAACAAAUUAGAAUCCUAGGCCAUUCAAAACCCUGCCGUAUUGACACCGUGAUUUAUUUUCUAUAGAAGUCAGUUCGACUUUUACUGUGAAAGGGUUUUACAAAGGCCUAGGAUUCAGAUUGGUUGACUGGUACGUAACAAUUGUGCCGACUUUAGAUGCAAUCACAGUGCCCAUUUUCCUCUUAGGUGCUUGUUUAUUGACCCAAGAUGUAUCCCUUUCUUUGUUUUUAUUUAUUUUCCAUUUUGUUUUUAAAUGGAGAAUAUGUUUUUAUUAUUAAGUGGUUAACCACUUCCCUCUUAAAUCAAUUCAUAAACCUAUUCAAUAUAUGUAAAUGUUUAAUGUCAGCUCCAAAAAUCUCGGCCCAAGCCCUCCUACAACUACACUUACAACUCUUCUGGGCAGCUCUACUGUGCUCCGUGCUGUCGGAAUUUCAUAACCAAAUUCGGAUUUGCAAGUCACGCUCGUGCUCAUGCUCGUAACAAUUUAGUUUCAUAAAUAGUAAUAAUAAAUUGAUUAAAAUUGUCAGGAUGUCGCCGUCGACGGAUACGUCUGGGAG